AUGGCUGUAUCUUGCUCUACGUUUCCCUUCCUGGCGCAGUCGGAGUUUGAGGGUGCAUGUCGCGAUCUUGCCGAUCGAUGCACUUCAGCCCAAAAUAUUGGCUGGCCCGCCAUUCGACUGCUCACAAAGUCAGAUGGAACCAGCCUCAGAAUAACAAAGUAUCUCGAUAUCCCCAGCCCACUAGAAGUCCCAGCGCUGGAGGAUCUCGAAGAUUCACAGGACGAGGAUCCGGAAGCUCUCGUUCGCGCCAAACCCCAACCCAGCUUACAGAUCGAUUAUGACAUCUUGUUGUCCCCCACAUAUCAGGUCCCCAUCUUGUACUUCGGCCUCAAGUGGCACAACCACGGCCCACUCGGACUAGACGAAGUCUACCAGUAUGUCGUGCCGGAACGGUACAGGCAAGAAUUGAAGAGUGUGGGUGUAAUGGGUGGGAUUAGUAUGGGUUACCAUCCUGACUCUGGCGCCCCGGCCUUUUUGUCCACCCAUGCAACACCGCGGAUGCCAUGGCGAACAUUGCAGACGCACAGAACGUCACUCCUGGAUCAUAUCUCCUCAUCUGGCUCGGCCUUGUAG